AUGUACUCUGUUAACGGUGAUCUGGGUAGUUCUCGGACAUUGUUCGAUCUUUCUUAUAACAGAGAUACAGUCUCUUGGAACACCAUGAUCAUGGGUUAUGCGCACGGUGAUAAACCUGAGGAAGCGUUUCAAUUGUUUGGGAAAAUGGUUAGCGAUGAUUAUGGGGGCUCUCCUAAUCAGAUAACUAUGGUGGCUUUACUAUGUGCUUGUUCUAAACUUAAGAGAAUGGAUCUUGGCAAAUGGGUCCAUGAUUACAUUAAUAUUUGUAAAUUUAAUAUUAAUUUAAUCCUUAGGACUGCGAUUGUUGAUAUGUAUGCAAAAUGCGGGUGUCUUAACACUGCUCGUCGAAUAUUCGACGAAAUUCCUGACAAAAAUGUGGUCUCUUGGAAUGUGAUGAUUUCUGGUUAUGUCCGUGGUGGGUACCCAUCUGAGGCAAUGGCUUCUUUUGCUGAAAUGCAGGCCUCUGGUGUGAGACCAAAUGGGACCACAAUGUUGAUUCUUUUCUCGGUGUGUGCCCAAUUGCGUGAUCUCAAUUUGGCCCAGAGAGCUUUUGAUUAUGUUCACAAGAAUAUGAUUAAAUUUAGCUUGAAUUUGCAAAAUGCAUCAAUAGAUAUGUAUGCAAAAUGUGGAGAUAUCGAAGCAGCAAGAGUUGUUUUCAAUGAGAUGCCUGAAAAAGAUCGAAUUUCUUGGACCUCCAUGAUCACGGGCUACGUGAAAUUCAGCCAGUUUGAUGAAGCUCUGUCGCUUUUCCGAGAGAUGCAAGUGGCUAAUGUCAAACCGGACGAAGUGACCCUAGUUAGCCUUCUUUCCCUUUCAGCUGAAAUGGGUGCUAUGGAAUUAGGCAGAUGGAUUCAUGUUUUCAUGGAUAGAAACAGUGUCAAACCAGGAGUUUGCCUCAACACUGCUCUCAUUAGCAUGUAUUCAAAGUGUGGUGUUGUGGAACAAGCAAUCGAGGUUUUUAACAAGAUGCCUGUAAAGAAUUCUCACUCAUGGACUGCUAUUAUAUCUGGCCUCGCCAUAAACGGGCGGGCCGAGCAGGCUCUCUCCCUCUUUGAGGACAUGCGGAGAGAGGGAGUGAAGCCUGAUGAAAUCACCUUUGUUGCGAUUUUAACUGCUUGUACACAUGCAGGGUUGGUCAAUGAAGGGCACCGGUACUUUCGUUCAAUGACCAAAAGCUAUGGAAUUGAGCCCAAAGUUGAACAUUAUGCAUGCAUGGUUGAUCUUCUCGGACGAGCUGGUCUUUUAAGGGAGGCAAGAGAUAUUAUAGAGGUAAUGCCUAUGGAACCGAGUGCCUCUGUGUUGGGGUCCCUUUUGAGUUCUUGUCGGAUUCUUGGGAAUGUUGAGAUGGGUGAGGAACUUAUUAACAAGUACUUCGGUGAUAGCAGUGAGGCUUAUGUAAAUCUAUCAAAUUUGUAUGCCGAAGCUGAGAGGUGGGGGGAUGUUGAGAGGGUUAGAGAAGUUAUGAAAGGGCUAGGGAGAAGAGAGAGGAUGGCAGGGGGUAGCUUGCUUGAGGUGAAUGGUGGUGUCCAUGAGUUUCUCUGUGGGAAAAUUCAACCAUGA